AUGACAAUAAAAGUAGAAAAGGAUAUAAAAAAAUUGGAACAAAAAUUAGCAAAAUUCGAUAAACAAACAUUUUCAGAGACUAGUGAAGCACCAUCAUUAUCAGAUGAAGAAUUUACAAAAAUUUAUGAAAACCUUUCUGCACCACUUUUUGCACUUACACCUAAAAAAUUAUCUUCCGGUGGUAUAAUUGACCAACUAGCAUUAUUAACACCAGGUUCUCGAGAAUUUGAAUUUCAUAAGAAUAAAAAAUUACCAUCAUCAGAAUUACCAUCUGCUAAGUUAAUUAAAGAAUCUUUGGAUAAUACUAUUAUUCCUUCAAUUGAUACAUUGGAAAAAAGAAAUUUAAGCUUACAACAUUACAAUAAUGUUUUAUAUGCUUGUGAAGCAGGAUUAACUCCAAAUAUUUUUACAUAUGAACAACUAAUAAAUGUCUAUUCGAAUGUGGGGGAUACCAAAAAUGCAUUAUCUGCUUUUGGUAUGAUCGAGGCUGCUGGACUUGAGCAAACAGUAUAUAGUUUUGCAAAUUUGGUUAAAGCCUAUGUAAACAAUUUACAAAUUGAUGAAGCUUUCAAUGUCUAUUCCAAAAUGAAGGCCGCUAAGAUAAUGCCUAAUCAAGGAUGUAUAAAAAAUCGCGAAAUUGCGCGUGCUUGGAAAACGUUUGAUCAUAUGCGAUUAGAAGUUUGUCAACCUGAUGAAGUGACUUAUAGUCUAAUGAUUCACAUUUGUGCAAAGAUGAGAGAUGCAGAACGGGCUUUUGACCUCUAUCAAGAGAUGACAGGAAAAGGAUUAUGUCCAACCGAUGUAACAUUCAAUUCUUUGAUCGAUGCUUGCGCGCAAGCAUUCAAAGUGUUAGAAGACAUGAGCGAUCAUGGAUACCUUCCUGACUUGUACACAUACAAUUCAUUAUUAUAUGCAUGCGCACAUAAGGGUGAUAUCUAUACGGCUAGAAAAUUGUUAAUAUCAAUGAUGCAAAGCGCUCGACAGAACCCAUCAUUGUCACCUAAUUUAGCUACAUUUUCAAAUUUAUUUUUGACUUAUUCCGCACAUAAAAUUUCCAAUCAACCAAAACUGGAGAAUAAGGAGUCUUUAUAUAAUAAAUCAUCUAUGUCUAUCUUGGAAGAGGAUGAAUUAGAGAAUAACCAAGUUGAAAAUAAAAUUGAAAAUUACCAAU